CAUAAAUCCCAAUCCCCUCCAAGCGAAGCACGUAAUCGAGUUGUCGUAUAGAGCUAUCUCGACUUCGCGUCUGCCUGUUGCUCCCCAGUAUUAAGGUAGAUGAAGUAUCCCGUCGACACCGUCGAGCUGGCGGAACCUCAACUCUCCAGCACCAUUUCCCCUCCCAACCGAUGAAAAAUGGCGGGUAAUCCUAACGGGAGGACGUACCUCUCGCUCAUCCAAUCCUCCGAUAACUUUCCAUACGAUGUUACAUCAGGGGCAUACUACCAAUUAUUUCUGCCCCAUGACGAGCAGCCGCACGGAUAUCUGCUCCCGGAGACAGUCCGGAAGAUGCCGUGGACUUCUCAUUUCCGCGUCGACCACAGCGCGCCGAGGAGCGUCACCGUGCUGGACGCUUCGUUGGGGGAAGACACGCCCGGCGCCGUGAACACGGCCUUCUCGGAGCUGGUCGACAUCUGCAUCGAAAGGGACUUGUUCCACAUCAUAGACGGGAAGCACAGCGAGCCGGUGUACAUCGUAAGCGCAAAAUACCCGGUGCGGGUCGAGCGCUUCGCGUCCGCGCUGUUCGGCGUCACCCUCCGGGGGGCGUACAUCAUGGUGUACACCAGAGCGAGCGAUGGCGCCCUGAAGCUCUGGAUCCCCCGCCGCGCGGCCCACCUGUACACCAGCCCCGGGCUGCUCGACGCGGCGGUAGCGGGCGGGAUCAAGGCCGGGACCACCCCCCUCGAGACCGCGGUACAGGAGGCGUUCGAGGAAGCGUCGCUGCCUGAAGACUUAGUCCGAGAGCGCGUGCGCUCGGCGGGCGCGCUGACAUACAUUAGCACGACCACGGACCCCUUCCCGGGGGAGAAGGGCCUCGUCAUCCCCAACAUCAUCUACGUCUACGACCUCGAGCUGCCCGGAAACGUCGUGCCGAAGCCAAACGACGACGAGGUCCAAGAGUUUUACUUGAUGGCGGUGCCCGACGUGCAGAGGGCCCUCCUGGACGGAGAGUUCAAGCCCGACUCGGCGGUCAUGAUCAUCGACUUCCUCAUUAGACACGGCAUCCUGACCGCGGACAACGAGGAGGAUCUCGUCGAGAUCACUACGCGUUUACAUCGCAGACUGCCUUUCAGGACGCGAUGAAAGACAUCGCACCUCUUAUCUUUAGACGCGGUAGAUAUUAGAGGAAUAGGCUGCCGUUGUAGGAUAGGCGAGACCAUUUCCCCAUUUAGAGACGACACCUCCCACCAACAGUUUGUAUGAUAUAUCCUGGAUGGAGGCAAGGGGCGGGGGGGCUUAUGAAAGGCCACUCCAUUCGUCACGAAGCAUUAGAAGUCACGCCUAGGAUGUUAUUCAAUCAUGUCAAGCAAUUUCCAUCGUGCGGAGAUCCGGGUUCUCUGUAGGAAAGCAGCUACACUGCGCUAGAGUGAUUCGCCCGUAAUCCCUGC